UAAAUAUAUGUGUAUAUAUAUAUAUAAUGAUAAAUUGAUUCGUUGAUCCGUCAAACAAGCAUCGCUUUGAGCAGAGCAAGAGCAUGGCGAAAACUCCCGAUUAUUCCGACCCACUUAGAUGGGGGGAGGCAGCAGAGUCGCUCAAGGGAAGCCACUUGGAGGAAGUAAGAGCCAUGGCGACUGACUACUGGAGGGCCGUCGUCCAUUUGGGCGGCGCGAGGCUGUCGCUUUCCCAGGUGGCCGCGGCGGCUAAUCGGGGCUCCGACGUGAAGGUGGUUUUAUCGGAGUUAGCAAGGGCCGGCGUGAAGGCGAGCAGUGAUUGGAUAGUGAAAAGUGUUAAGAAUGGGACUCCCAUUUACGGUGUCACCACUGGCUUUGGCGCUGCUUCUCAUAAGCAAACUGAACAAGUCGCUGCUCUUCAAAAGGAGCUUGUAAGAUUCUUAAACUGUGCGAUAUUCGACAAGGGAAAAGGGACAGGGCACACUCUACCUGUGCCGGCAAGCAGAGCAGCAAUGGUUGUGAGAGUGAACACUCUGCUUCAAGGCUUCUCAGGCAUUCGAUUUGAGAUGUUAGAAGCGAUCACCAAACUGCUCAACCACAACAUCACUCCUUGCUUGCCUCUCCGUGGCACCAUCACUGCUUCCGGCGAUCUCAUCCCUCUUUCCUACAUUCUUGCUUUGCUUGUUGGUCGCCCAAAUUCACAAGCCAUUGGGCCUUCCGGAGAGUUCCUUACCCCCAACCAAGCUUUCCUUCAAGCUGGCAUCAAUAAUACAGGUAUCGAUGCCAAUAAAUCAUCAGGUGAUGAGAGAGAUAUAGACAAUGGUGGGUCCCACAUGGAUAGCGUGAAGUUCUUUGAAUUGCAGCCAAAGGAAGGCCUUGCUCUUGUGAAUGGCACAGCUGUUGGAUCUGGAUUGGCUUCCGUAGUGCUUUUUGAAGCAAAUAUUUUAGCAUUAUUGUCAGAAGUCACAUCCGCCAUUUUUGCUGAAGUGAUGCAUGGGAAGCCAGAAUUCACUCAUCAUCUGAUUCACAAUCUUAAACACCAUCCUGGUCAGAUUGAAGCUGCUGCAAUUAUGGAACACAUUUUAGAUGGUAGCUCUUAUGUGAAGCAAUCUCUGAAAUCCCAAAAGCCUAAGAAAGAACGAUAUGCUCUUAUAACCUCUCCUCAAUGGCUAGGACCACAGAUUGAAGUCAUCAGAUACAGCACCAAGUCCAUUGAAAGGGAGAUAAACUCUGUGAACGACAAUCCUUUGAUCGACAUUUCAAGUAACAAGGCUUUCCAUGGUGGUAAUUUCCAAGGCACACCCAUUGGAGUUUCAAUGGACAACACGCGUUUAGCUGUUGCUUCCAUAGGCAAACUUGUGUUUGCACAGUUCACUGAGCUGGUAAACGACAUGUACAACAACGGGUUGCCAUCAAAUCUCUCUGCUUCUAGAAACCCAAGCUUAGAUUAUGGUUUUAAGGCAUGUGAAGUUGCAAUGGCGUCUUAUUGUUCUGAACUUCAAUUUUUGGCAAAUCCAGUGACGAGUCACGUUCAAAGUGCAGAACAUCACAACCAAGAUGUGAACUCUCUGGGUUUGAUUUCUGCGAGAAAAACUAGUGAGGCUAUUGAGAUCUUGAAGCUCAUGUGCUCAACUUAUUUGGCAGCACUAUGUCAAGCCAUUGACCUGAGGCACUUGGAAGAAAUCUUCAUUAUCACUGUGAAAAACACUAUAAGCCAAGUUACAAAUAAGAUAGUUCCUUCUACAGAGGACCCAUGUGAUCGACUUUGCGAAGAAGAUUUACUCAAAGUGGUUGAUAAUGAAUAUGUGUUUUCAUACAUUGAUGAUCCCUUCAAUGUUGCAUACCCACUGAUGCCGAAACUGAAACAAGUUCUUUAUGAGAAAGCACAUAAGAACGUUGUGAAAGGGAAGAUGAAUAAUGUGAACAGUGCUUCAGUUUUUGAGAAGAUUGAUGAGUUUGAAGAUGAACUUAAGCGUGUUUUGCCAAAGGAAGUUGAAAGGGCAAGGGUGGGUUAUGAGAAUGGUGAGCCAGCAAUUCCAAAUAGAAUUAAGGAGUGCAGGUCAUACCCGUUAUAUAAGUUUGUAAGGGAAGAGUUAAAGACUGGCUUGCUUACAGGAGAAAAGAUCAAGUCACCAGAUGAGGACUUAGAUAAAGUGUUUAAAGCAAUCUCUGAAGCAAGGAUUGUUGACCCACUUUUGGAGUGCCUUGCUGAUUGGAAUGGUGUUCCAAUUUCAACCUAACAAUGUUUACUUUUAGUUUAUAUUUGUGGUUUGCAAGAAGUCAAUAGCCACUCGGUGAUAUAUUUUCCAAAGUUUUUUUUUUUAACUUUUUUGAAUAAUUAAUAAAGGAUACUGUGGUUAUUCUAAAAAGUAUUAUUUGCAAUCAUGU